UCAAUGUCUAUAUAUCGAGAUGAAAGCAUAUUGAAAGGACUUCUUCGAGAUAAAACUAUAGAGUAAGGGGCAGAGUUACAUUUAUUCAUAUUGGUUGAAUAAAAUGUGAGAAAGAUCAUUCAAGUGAAUAUUAAUAAGAUGAUUAGGAAGCAAUUAAAUAUCAAAGACACUUCAGAAAGAAGUAACUCAAUUCUUAAGAUAUUGAAUUGGCUAUCAAGGAUCAAAAUUUACUGAAGGUAUGGUGACCUAAAUCAUUUUAGUCUGAAAUCUAUGGAUUUUAAUAUAUGGAUAGUAUUAAUUUAUCCAAAAGAAUGGAUGAGUAUGUUCUCAAUGAUCAAGUAUAGAAUCUCAAUAUUCAAGAGCUUGGAUUUAAGAGAUCUAAUUUCGCAUUAGAUGAGGACAGUUAAAAUUCCUCUAGGAUUUCCCUCUCUUUCCAUAUUCAAUGUUAUGAAAGAUUAUUAGAUGAUAAAUUCUUAAGAGACAUAAUCCAUAAGUAAAUGCUACUCAAUUUAUUUAAGUGCAAUACAAAGAUAUCAUAUAAACAGAGUCAUUCUAAAAUGUGGAAAACAAAAAGUCUUUUAAUAUAAUAAAGGAUAAUAUAAUUAGUAUAUUGACAAUUCAUUAAUAAUCUAUUGUGAAAAAUUUUAAGGAUUUAUUUGAAAAAGAAGUAAUAAGUCUAAAAUAUAGUUUUUCUCAAGAAUUUGUAUAAUGUAAGUUAAUAUAUUAUGAUAAAGUACUUUCUGAUUUGGAAAGCUACAAAGAUGUUGCUCAAAUAGUUCCAUUUAUUGUUCAAUAUUUAUAUAGUUAGUAGGAUUAAGUUUAGCUUUUUUAUUACAAACAUAGAUGUGUGAUAGUUGAAUGCUUAAAUAGACUAAUAAUUAAUAAUUAGAUUAAUUUGGAAUUUUAAGUAUAUCAUAUAUAUAUAUAUAUAAUAGUUACAUUAAAUCCUUAAAAUCUUAGUUAAAUUCUUAACUUCUAAGAUAAUGGAAAUAAAUAUAAAAUCAUAAAUAGAACUUCAAACAAAGACAGCCAGAUGUUUAAAUUAUUUGCUUGAUAAAUUUAAUUUGAAAUAUUAAGCAUUAAGGUAAAAUAUAGAUAGAGUUAUUUUGGAUAAAUUCGAAAGAGUUACUAGCAAAAUUGAAAAGAAAAACUCACAAAAAUCAUUAUUAAAGGCUUAUUCAAUUAUUCAAUACUUUGUUGAAUAAAAUGUUAGUGUUCAACAUUUAAAAUUUGUAGAAUAAAUGAGUUAAUUGAUCAGAAAAAUAGAACAACAAAGAUAAUUAAUAUCAUAACAUAAUACAGAUUAUGAACAUUUAAGUGGAUUAAUAUGUUUAUCCUUAGGAGUAAUUUAUUUAAAUAAAAAUGAUAGAGUAUUUUGAUAAAAAUAAUAAAUGGAUUGCAAUAUUUAUAGCCUAAUUAUGAAAAUCAAAUAUUGCAUAUUAUUAAUAUUACAAGAUAGUUGAUGUUAGAAAUGGGAUUAUAUGAAAUGCUUGUAAUGCAAUAGUAUUUUGGGGAGCAUAUGAUUUUAUGAUU